CAAAAAAUCGUGUGUAAAGAAAUAAAAAAAAAUAGUUUCCUAUUCAAAUAAAAUAAAUAACAAAAUAUAUACAUAUGAACGUUAUUUUUUUCUAUAUACUUGGUAAUAUAUACAUACAUAUAUAAACUGCAAAUGUACAGGUAGUACAUAAAGCAACAAUAACAACAACAAUAUUAGUAAAGUAUUUGAGUAGAGAAAAAAAAUAUUAUAAAUAAAUAAAUACAAAAAAAAAAUACAAAAAUAGUAACAUAGAUUCACCUUGAAAUCGUUUUGUGUUCACUUUGAAGUGCAGUUGACGUUUGGGAGCUUAGAAAGAAACAAAAACUACAACAAAAACCAUAUAAAUAAUAUAACAACCAUAAAAACAUUAUAAGCAAAACAGGAGGAAUAGCAGAAAUUAAUAAAUAAAACUACAAAACCAGUAGAUUUGAAAUUUUAUAUAAAAAUCAUUUUCAAAUCUAACAGAAAUUUAUAAAAAAAACUACCUCAUUUUGUAUCUAGCUAUAAAAAUAUAUAUAUAAAAAACAACAAAAACAAUAAAUAUAUGUAUACAUACAACAACUAAAAACUCAUAUAUCAGCUGAAUAAAAACAACAACAAAAACAAAUUAACUGCAUUAAACCAGGAAAAAAAAGCAUACAACACGAAAAAAAAACUCCUCUGGGUCUGACUAAUCUUUUUUAUGAAUUACUCAUACUUUUUUACAUACAACUACCACAGCAACAACAACAACCAAAACGUUUAGUUUCAAUACUCUACAACACUGCCAAGGAGACUUUUUUUUUAAAUAAAAACAGUUGUUGGUGUUUUCUUACACACUCACUAGACUAUUUUGCUAAAUCGUCAAAAACACAAAAUUUUUAAAAUAACGAAAUCAGUUUUUAACAACGUGUUGUCAACGUCUUUGAAUGAGUGAUUAUGAAUUUUGAACUACGAGACUUAAAACCAACAUUAACACAACAACAACAACAAGAAAAGCAAAAAUUUUUUCAAAAUUUUUAAAGAAAACUUGUUAAAGAAAUUAAAUUGAACAUGAUUUGUGAAUCAUUUGGUUUAAAUGAUUUUAAAGAAGACGUAGAAGAUUUAGUGGAGAUACCAAUAACAACAAUAACGACAACAACAACAGCAGCAGCAGUGACAGCCGUAGCAACAUCAACAACAACGGCUGAAAUUACCAUAAAUCCCUAUAUGAUCACGGAUUUGGAACAAUCUUUAAUCGAGGAGUUAAUCGAAGAAAAUUUUAAUGAAAUUAUAGAAGAAGACGAAGAACACGAACAAGAAGAAUUUGAAAAUAAAUACAAUAUAAGAGAACAGCAGCAGCAACAACAACAGCAAGAAAUAGUUAAUGUUAAAGAUAUAAUAUUAACAGCAGCAGAAGAAGAGGCAAACGAAGACGAAGAAGAAUUAAUACGAAAUUCUUAUACAUAUGAAGGAGUAUUGCUACAACAACAGCAACAACAAGAAAUAAUACAAUAUAAAGAAAAUUUAAUAAAAGCAAAAACAACAACAACUACUACUACAGCAGCAAAAAAAUUGAAAAAAACUUUAGCAGCGACUGCGACAAAUAUUACUCAUAACCAACUUACAGCUGGUGGUAACAUAUGUACAAUAAAAACAACAAAAACUAAAUACAACAAAAACAGCAAGAACAGCAAUAGCAGCAGCAACAGCGGCAGUAGUAGUAAUAAUAAAACUUGUAACACCAACAGCAACAACCAUCACAAUAUAUUUAAUAUUAACAGCAACAGUAACAGUAGUAAUACAAGCAAUAGCAGCAGUACCAGCAACAUUAGUAACACAACUAAUAACAGUAGUGUUAGUACGAAUAGCAUUAGCAACAGUAACAGUAACAACAGCAGCAAUAGCAAUUUAAUAAAAACCUCCUCUAAUUUAAUAAAAACGCUUAAUGUCGAUGAUAAAAUCAAUAUAAAUUUUGAAAAUAAUUUAAAUUUUAUAAAUUUUAAUAAAAAUUUUAACAACAACAGCAAUAAUAAUAAUAACAACAAUAACAACAACACAAAUAUAAUCAAUCAAAAUUUAUAUCAACAUAACAACAACAAAUCCACACAAAUUUUAAAUAAAAUGGAACAACAAUUGCAACAGCAACAACAACAACAUCAACAGCAGCAAUUACAAAUGCAACAUCAACAACAACAACAGCAGCAGCAGCAACAAUCAAAUGUUGUUUUCGGUUCAGAACGUGUUAAUUUGAACUCAAGUACCCCGUAUUCAGAUGCCACACAAGUAAGUACAACCAACCAUUCAACCAACCAACCAACCAACCAUCCCUCCAUCCAACCCACCAUCAUUCUUCCCUUCUUUUACACACUUUUUUUUUUGCUUUUCUAUAUGAAUUAUUAUUAUUCUUGUUGUUGUAUUUUCAAUUUAUUUCGAUUUUUUUUUUCUUUAAAAUACAACAGAAAAUAUGCAAUAUUUAAAAGAAU